GAAGUCAGGAAAAGCCCUAAAAAUCAGCUGACCGAGCAACCUCGGGUCACGUGACUCAAGAGUAUCUCGUGAGCAGCAUGUCUACACGCCCGGAACCCGUGUUCUGGCUGGGGAAGAAGACGCUGAGGGUGUCGGCGGCUCUGUUUGCCGAGAACCGGCGGCGUCUCUGCCAGGGCCUGAAAGCCAAGGAGGGCCUGCUCCCCAAGUCUGUGGUGGUCCUGCAGGGGGGAGAGCAGACCCAGAGGCACUGCACUGACUCGGACAUCCUCUUCAGACAGGAGUCCUUCUUCCAUUGGGCUUUUGGAGUGACUGAAGCUGACUGCUACGGGGCUAUUGAUGUCGACACAGGGAGGUCCAUUCUCUUUGUCCCUAAGCUGCCGGAGAGCUAUGCCACCUGGAUGGGAAAGAUCCAUCCUCCAGAGCACUUCAAGCAGAAGUAUGGGGUGGAUGAAGUGCAAUACACCACCGACCGCGGGCAGAAUUCCGAUAGCGGGAGUAUCUGCCGCGAGGCCUCCUUUGACGGAAUCAGCCAGUUCCAGGUGAAUAACACUCUGCUGCACCCUGUCAUAGUGGAAUGUCGCCUGAUUAAGACGGACAUGGAGUUGGAGGUCCUGCGCUACACAAACCGUGUUUCCAGUGACGCCCACAAAGAGGUAGAGCCCCCCCCCCCCCCCCACUAAAAACACGCCGCAGAA